UUGUCUUUUUCAUUUUUAUCAGUACUGGGGAUCAAACUCACGACCAAGGCAGGUGCUUAUGCCGCUGGGCUAAACACCCAGCCCCAUGAAUAGGUUUUCUAUUUUGUUUUCUGAAGUAAACAAUUACAAGGCUAUUAUUGUUACUGUUUUAUUUAUUUUCUAACUUUUUGAAUGAAUAUAAUAAGAGUACUUAGCAUUUUGGGUGGCCAAGGGGAGACCCAUCCAACUAUAAUGAAACAGGAAAAUAAUAAGUUCAAAGCCAGACUGGGCAAUUUAUACAGUUCUAACAUUUGAGUUAGGAAAUGUUAGCGACAGAGAUAGGAAAUUCAGAGAUAACCAAUUUCAGUGGUUACACAUUGAAAGAGUUCAUUUAAUGGUUAUAUCAUAGUAUGUGUCAUUCUUGUACAGCGAGUUACAAUAUGGAUCAAACUAUAUUGGAUACAGCUAUGAUUUAAUUUUAGUUACUUCAGUUCUGAUAAUAGUUUACAAAAUUGGGUUUUUGGUGGUGUUCUUUUGGCAAGCUCGAAAACAGAAUAAUAACAAGGUUUGGUUAAAUAUAAGUUGAUUUUAUACCAUCCAUAUAUUAUUAUGGGUAAUUGGAAAAUUGUAUACAUCAUGAUGGAUAAUAAUUGAAAAAAUGGCCUCUAGCUCACAUAACACAGUCUUGAUAAAUAAUCUGAUAUGUUGAACAAAUGAGCUAUUAUACAUAUAUACAGAAGUUUAUUUCAGUACUGAGGUUUGAAUCCAGGGACUCGUACACGCAAGUGUUCUACCAGUGAGGUUCACCUCCGUCUCUUUUCUUCUUAUGGUCCAAGACUAUAAAUUGCCCAGCCUGGCCUUGAACUUAUUAUUUUCCUGCUUCAGCCUCCCAAACAUCUGGGAUUACAGGCUUAUAGCACCAUGGCCAGCCAGCAAUUUAUUAAUGCUUUAUAUUAAGUUAAUGUGUAUUUAGAAUGUUUGCUACAUGUUGAGCAUUUUAUUAUUCACAAGUAAUAAUAUAGAAAAUGAAUCCCCAGAUCUCAUAAUGAAGACCCUAAAAUAAUUAGAGAAUGCUACAACAUAAAUUAUAUAUAGAGAGAUUUUAUGAUACCAAAUAGGCUCUGAAAGGUAACAUCUUGGAAGUAACUGAAAAUGAGAUGCAGGAGUCAAUGAGAAAGGACAUAAAAAUAAUCUGGAAGAUAAGAGUACUUAGCAUUUUUGGAGGCAGAGUGGAGACCCAUCCAACUAUAAUGAAGAUUUAACUUACAUUUUAAAAUUUUAGUGCUCAAUCCAGAUACAUGUCAGUUGACAUGCUACCAUGGUGGACUUUGUUUUUUCUUAUGUGAUAUAAUGGUAUAUAGAAAAUCUCUUAACUUUACUCUUUCCCCUUCAACAGUAACACAAACAAAAAAAUGGUCUAAGAUACGUGAAUGAGAAUGUCAAUUGGUACAAAAUGAAGGUGAAGACAAAGUCAGAUUUCUCUACCCUAGUUACAUAUGCCAAACUGAGAAGGAAUAAAAUUCAUCAUAUAUUGGUUUCCCAGGCAGUUGGUAAAUUGUGCAAGAUCGUAACUCACCAAUGAAAGAGGAACUCUUUUUAGUAAAAGAGAAGCCCAUUUAAGUAUCUGAGCUUGUGUAUUAGUAUCUUCUCUUUGCCUGCUCUGGAACCAUUUAUUCUCUGUGUGCCUUUUGUGUAUACUUAUAUAGAAGACCCUAAAUUUAGAAAAUGGAAUCAAAAUUUGGGAUGUGAAAAUGGAUGUGGAUUAAGCAGAAGAUCCUGGGAAUUGUUAGUGUAUGAUUAAAACACCCAGAUACAAAAAAAAAAUUGCAGAAUUUCUGGCUUAGUCUCCAGGAAGUCUUUCGUUACAAUAUGACUAUAGCUUGCACUGUGGAAAUGUUAAAAGAAAUUGUCACAUGAAAUUUUUAUGCUGAUUUUAGUAACAAUGAAGAGAAAACUAUCAUAUUGUCUGUCCAGUUUUGCAUUAUUGAGAAGUAUAAAAGAAAUUUCUUUUCUGAGUUCUACUAAAGGCUUUGGAACUUUUUGUAAAAUAACAUCAUAUGAAGAAAGAGAAUUUUGUAAUUUGAUCUUGUACCCACUUUCCUUUGACUACUAGGUAGCUCAAAGAUGAACCACCCACAUUGUAAUUUAUGCAGGAUCUUACAACAGGUUUUUCUGUUUCAACUUUGUUUCAUUUUUUCCCCUUGCUGAUCUCUUAAUUUUAUUCUUACUAAUUUCCUACUUUUUCUAUACCCCCUUUUUAUUCAUAUUAAUUUAUAUUUUUAAAAAUUCUGUUCUACUAGUCCUAAUUGCAUAAGCCAUUUUGAACUAUGUUGGGAUAAUGUGAAAUAUAAAAAAAUAUGUAUUGAAACUAAAAGCUAACAAAUAAAAGUAGAAACUUUUUCUUCCUCUUGUCCCUUCCCCUGCCAGCUUGCUUCAUGUUGCACAUAUUUUUAAGUAUUGGUGGAGUAAUAUCUCUGAUUUCAUAAACUUGCCAAGAAGCAGAGGAAUCCUUCCUGAAGAUGUUUGCUUAGCUAGAAUCACUAGUUACAGUCUGUUGUGUUGAAUGUGUUCUAUAGAAGAUUGCCUGACUGAGAUAAGUAUGGCAGAAAUAUACCCUAGAGGAGCAAAAGUUGCCUUUUCCUCAUUUAGCAGCUCAAAAAGUGAGUCUAACUCAUAGUGUAUAAUAUAUAUUACCCUUCCCUUUUGACUGAACUAUAAAUUCUUGAUAUGAAAACUUGACUGUCAAUAAAAGCCACCUGUAAUGAAAUACCAGAUUUAUAUUUUCUAUCUCUUUACAUUUCUCUUUAUCCAUUCUAUAAAUGAACCAGCAUGGAAAACAAAGAUACUUGUGGAUCUUUGUAGUAAUUCAGAUAAUGACAUAGUCACGGCUACCUAUGUGUAGAAAUUACAUUUGAAAUUUUCCAAUAAGGGGUAUGUUUUAUAUCCUAGGUAACUGAAUAUUGAAAUUAUUUAGUUUAACUAGGAAAUUUAUCUGGAACUUUUCACUCCUUAAUCAUUCUUUUCUGAAAAUCCACUGUAUUUCAUGUGUAUUGUAGUAAAGGUGUGAUUAAUAAUAUUAGGGGACUUAUGUUAAUGUGAUUCAAUAUUGAAUACAUGCUACUUUGAAAUACCAUUAGGUGUUUGUAGUGAAAUUCUGUAUCCUUGGCAUAGUCUUACCUGCUUGGGUUUUCUUUUUUGCUGUUAUUGAUUUUAUUGUCAUUCUGUUUUACUGCGUUCAGAACAUUAGAACUUUAUUCUGCGAACUGAGCAAGCGUAAUUUAAGCAAUAUGGUUUUAAUAUUUUGAUAUGAUUACACCAUAGUAAAAUGUCUUUAAAAGCUCUUUGCAUUAAAUUUAAAUUAUACUAUGUUCCUAAUAGGACAUAAAUGCAUGAUCUUUGAAAUAAACAUAGAACUUUUAAGAUAAACAAGUUUUAUAGAUCUACAAAAAUCUAGAUAUUUUAUAGUAGUGACUAUCAUUUUGAUGGAGUUAGGUUUUUUGUUUUAUUUGCUUAAUUACUGUAAAUUAACUCUGAUUCCCCUAUAUUAGCAAUUUCAGAAAGCAAAACAGGAGCAACUUGGGGGAAGGGAAACUAAGGCUGAGGAGACUUAAUUUUCAAGUUAACAAUUUUUUAAAUGCUCACAGUUAAGUAUAUAUUUUAAAUUAUAUUUUCUUUUAGAAAUACAACCUUGAAAUAUUGUAGGGUAUAACUUCAACUUAUGUAAAAUGAUUCAUAGGAUUGUUUUCAAAGAUUAAAUUCUCCAUAAAAUUCUGAAGUAGUUAUUUUGCAGUUAUGCCUUAACAAUUUUAAUCUUAGUCUUUUAUUAAGACUCAGACCUUUUUUUAUCUACUUUCUUGAAGCAAUUGAAAUUUAGACUUUUCUUUACCAGAAUUUUGAACAAAUAUCUUUACUUUUUAAAAAAAUGUUAGCAUUGUCUUGUUUGUACAGUUUAUUUUCUGAAAGUAAUCUUUGAAGCCUGCUUAAACUGUAUCAGUUUUCAAGCCUUCCUUCUUUAAACUGUGAGUUUGUGUUUCUCAGGAAUAAAGCCUCCUUUAAAAAAAAGAAAGAAUUUCUCCCUUUGUUAAUUUUGAUGUUAAUAAAAUUACAGAAAGAAUGAUUACUUGAGCCCUCUUGAGCCGGCAGCCUUACCUGGCUUAGUUUUGUCACGUGAGCAUUCAUUUACUGGUGAUCUAAGUGCUCCACCUGCCUUUCAGUUUGUUUACCAGGAAAUCAAGAUGUGUAAACUGCAGGAAGUACUAUUUGACCCUCUCCGACAGUAUCUCAUUACAAUAAUUGCUAAUCUCUGAAUAAGACAGCCAUGUUUUGUGAGUAACAGAGAGAGAGGGGUUGUGUUAGGUAGAUUUUAGGUGUUUAAACAAAUAGAGCAUUGUAAAUGCUAACUUGGAUUAUGCUUUCAUUAUAGCUUUUGAUAAAAGACAUAUGGUGACCUUUGGGGUCAGCAAAGCUAGGACACAAUAGUGGGUAUUCUUUCAUGGCUUUUAACUGAAAAAUAUCACGGCUUGUUGUUUUGGAGUGCUGUCACUGCUCUGAAUCGAAAGGAUAAUGGCUACUUCCUGAUUAAACCCACUCUCCACAAUAUGGAGUCGGGAGAACGGUUGCCAUCUUCAACAGCCUCCUCUACUAUACCAACUUCAUCUUCUACACCCUCUGUGGCCUCAGCAGUUUCAAAAGGCGGCCUUUCUACUGGAGCUUCUUCACUUAGCUCUGCAAUCAACCCAUGUGGACAUAUAUUCAGAGCAGCUGGGGAUCAACCGUUUAACCUGUCCACAGUGUCGAGUGCCUUCCCAAUGGUCAGCCACCCAGUCUUUGGUCUACAUUCAGCCAGCUCAGGGCAUUCAGAAUUUGGUGGUUUGGGGACACUUGGUACACCCACAGCCUUAGCCGCACAUCCCCAACUAGCAUCUUUUCCAGGUGCAGAAUGGUGGCGAACAGCAGAUGCUCAUACUCGUACUGGAGCACCCUUCUUUCCACCGUUACUGGGAAUUCCACCAUUGUUUGCUCCUCCGCCCCAGAAUCAUGAUUCUUCUUCAUUCACUUCAAGGACUUCAGGAAAAAGUAAUCGAAAUGGUCCUGAAAAAGGUGUAAAUGGAUCAAUUAAUGGAAACAGCACAUCAUCUGUAAUUGGUGCCAACACAUCGGUACUGUCCACUACUGCUUCAAAUUCCAUGGGACAGACUAAAAGUACAAGCUCAAGUGGAGGAAAUCGAAAAUGUAAUCAGGAACAAAGCAAAAACCAACCUUUGGAUUGUAGAGCUGACAAAAACAAAGAUAAGAAACCAAGGAAGAAGGCUGUGGAAAGUUCUAGCAACAGUGAUAGUGAUUCAGGCACAUCGUCAGACACCUCAAGUGAAGGUAUCAGUAGUAGUGACUCAGAUGAUCUAGAAGAGGAUGAAGAGGAAGAGGAUCAAAGUAUUGAAGAAAGUGAAGAUGAUGAUUCUGAUUCAGAGAGUGAAGCACAACAUAAAAGUAACAACCAGGUGCUAUUACAUGGUAUUUCAGAUUCAAAAGCAGAUGGACAGAAAGCAACUGAAAAAACCCAGGAAAAAAGAAUACACCAGCCAUUACCUCUUGUGUCUGAACCCCAGACUCACUCAUCAUUCCAAUCCCAGCAGAAGCAGCCUCAGGUUUUAUCACAGCAGCUUCCAUUUAUUUUCCAAAGCUCUCAGGCAAAGGAGGAAUCUGUGAACAAACACACCAGUGUAAUACAGUCUACGGGAUUGGUGUCCAAUGUGAAACCAUUAUCUUUGGUAAAUCAAGCCAAAAAGGAACCUUAUAUGAAACUCAUAGUUCCAUCUCCUGAUAUACUUAAAGCAGGGAAUAAAAAUACCUCUGAAGAAUCUACUUCUUUGACCAGUGAAUUGCGAUUAAAACGGGAACAAUAUAAACAGGCAUUUCCAUCACAGUUAAAGAAACAGGAAUCAUCUAAGAGCCUAAAGAAGGUUAUUGCAGCUUUGUCAAAUUCAAAAGCAACCUCUGUCUCACCAGCGCAUCCAAAACAACCAGUAGAAAACAGCCACCCUAAUCCAUUUUUGACAAACGCACUUUUAAGUAAUCACCAACCAAAUGGAGUUAUUCAAAGUGUCAUUCAAGAAGCUCCUUUAGCACUUACAACCAAAACUAAAAUACCGAGUCAGAUUAAUGAAAGUGCUGUGACUGCAGGUAGUACCCCUUUUUCCUCACCUGUAAAUUUGAGUACAAGUGGGAGAAGAACCCCUGGCAGCCAGACACCUGUGCUGCCCUCGGCCUCUCCCAUACUGCAUAGUCAAGGGAAAGAAAAAGCAGUUAGCAAUAAUGUAAACACAUUAAAAACACAGCAUCACUCCCAUCCUGUACAACCUUUGGUGGAACAAUUUAGAGGAACAGAUUCAGACAUUCCCAGUAGUAAAGAUUCUGAAGAUUCAAAUGAGGAUGAAGAGGAAGAUGAGGAGGAAGAAGAUGAAGAUGAUGAUGAAGAUGAUGAAUCUGAUGACAGUCAAUCAGAAUCAGAUAGUAAUUCAGAAUCAGAUACAGAAGGAUCAGAAGAAGAAGAUGAUGAUGAUAAAGACCAAGAUGAAUCAGAUAGUGAUACUGAAGGAGAGAAAACUUCAAUAAAACUGAAUAAAACUACUUCCUCUGUCAAGAGCCCUUCCAUCAGUCUUACAGCUCACUCAACACCUCGUAACAUCCACAUAGGAAAAGCCCCAGGCUCUGCUCCUGCUGCCUUAUGUUCUGAAUCUCAGUCACCUGCUUUUCUUGGCACAUCUUCUUCCACACUUACUUCCAGUCCACACUCUGGCACUUCCAAAAGAAGAAGAGUAACAGAUGAACGUGAACUGCGUAUUCCUUUGGAAUAUGGCUGGCAGAGAGAGACAAGAAUAAGAAACUUUGGAGGGCGCCUUCAAGGAGAAGUAGCAUAUUAUGCUCCAUGUGGAAAGAAACUUAGACAGUACCCUGAAGUAAUAAAGUAUCUCAGCAGAAAUGGAAUAAUGGAUAUCUCAAGGGACAAUUUCAGCUUCAGUGCAAAAAUAAGAGUGGGUGACUUCUAUGAAGCCAGAGAUGGACCGCAGGGAAUGCAGUGGUGUCUUUUGAAAGAAGAGGAUGUCAUUCCUCGUAUCAGGGCAAUGGAGGGUCGUAGAGGAAGACCACCAAACCCAGAUAGACAGCGAGCAAGAGAUGAAUCCAGGAUGAAACGUCGCAAGGGUCGACCUCCAAAUGUUGGCAGUGCUGAAUUCCUAGACAACACAGAUGCCAAAUUGUUAAGAAAACUGCAAGCUCAAGAAAUAGCCAGGCAAGCAGCACAAAUAAAGCUUCUGAGAAAACUGCAAAAGCAGGAACAGGCUCGAGUUGCCAAAGAAGCUAAAAAACAACAAGCAAUAAUGGCUGCUGAGGAAAAACGAAAACAAAAAGAACAGAUAAAGAUUAUGAAACAACAGGAAAAAAUUAAGAGAAUACAGCAAAUUAGAAUGGAAAAAGAACUUCGAGCACAGCAAAUUCUAGAGGCUAAAAAGAAAAAGAAAGAAGAAGCGGCAAAUGCUAAAUUAUUGGAGGCCGAGAAACGAAUAAAGGAAAAAGAAAUGAGAAGACAACAAGCUGUUCUUCUGAAGCAUCAGGAGUUGGAGAGGCAUAGACUAGAUAUGGUAUGGGAACGAGAACGAAGAAGACAACACAUGAUGCUUAUGAAAGCUAUGGAAGCUCGUAAAAAAGCAGAAGAAAAAGAACGGUUGAAGCAAGAAAAACGUGAUGAAAAAAGAUUAAAUAAAGAACGUAAAUUAGAGCAACGAAGAUUAGAAUUAGAAAUGGCAAAGGAACUAAAGAAGCCUAAUGAAGACAUGUGCUUAGCAGACCAAAAGCCUUUGCCAGAUUUGCCUCGUAUUCCAGGACUUGUUCUCUCCGGGAGUACAUUUUCAGACUGUCUCAUGGUGGUGCAGUUCUUACAAAACUUUGGUAAAGUUUUGGGCUUUGACGUGAAUAUUGACGUUCCAAACCUGAGUGUUCUUCAAGAGGGAUUACUAAAUAUAGGGGACAGCAUGGGUGAAGUACAAGACUUGCUUGUAAGGCUCCUCUCAGCUGCUGUAUGUGAUCCAGGUCUAAUUACAGGAUUGAAGGCUAAAACAGCUCUGGGAGAACAUUUGCUAAAUGUUGGUGUGAAUCGCGACAAUGUUUCCGAGAUUUUGCAGAUUUUUAUGGAAGCCAACUGUGGACAAACUGAGCUUACUGAAAGCCUGAAGACCAAAGCUUUUCAGGCUCACACUCCAGCCCAAAAAGCUUCAAUCCUGGCUUUCCUGAUUAAUGAACUGGCAUGUAGCAAGAGUGUAGUGAGUGAAAUUGACAAGAACAUCGAUUACAUGUCAAAUUUAAGGAGAGAUAAAUGGGUAGUAGAGGGCAAACUCCGCAAGCUCAGAAUCAUUCAUGCAAAGAAAACAGGUAAAAGAGAUGCUUCCGGUGGUCUUGAUCUUGGAGAAGAGCAACAUCCCUUGGGCACCCCUACUCCAGGCCGCAAGCGGAGAAGGAAGGGAGGAGACAGUGACUAUGAUGAUGAUGAUGAUGAUGAUAGUGAUGACCAAGCUGAUGAAGAUGAUGAGGAUGAUGAUGAUAAAGAUGACAAAAAAGGAAAGAAGACUGAUAUCUGUGAAGAUGAGGAUGAAGGCGACCAAGCAGCAAGUGUUGAAGAACUAGAAAAACAGAUUGAAAAACUCAGUAAACAACAGAGUCAGUACAGAAGGAAGCUUUUUGAUGCCUCUCAUUCCUUACGUUCAAUGAUGUUCGGCCAGGAUCGUUACAGACGCCGAUACUGGAUUCUUCCCCAAUGUGGAGGGAUUUUUGUAGAAGGCAUGGAAAGUGGUGAAGGACUAGAGGAAAUUGCAAAAGAAAGAGAAAAACUUAAAAAUUCAGAAAGUAUCCAGAUCAAAGAAGAAAUGUUUGAGACUUCUGGGGACCCUUUAAAUUGUUCAAAUACAGAUUACUGUGAACAAAAGGAUGAUCAUAAAGAAAAAGAUAACACAAACCUUUUUCUUCAGAAACCUGGUUCUUUUUCCAAAUUAAGCAAGCUGUUGGAAGUAGCUAAGAUGUCUCCUGAGUCAGAUGUUAUGACCCCCAAACCAAAUGUUAGUACAAAUGGAUGCACACUGUCUUAUCAAAACAGUGGAAAACAUUCGUUGGGCAGCAUUCCAUCAACAGCAACACAAAACAACUUGGAAAAGACAGACUCUCAUCUGUUUAACAAUGGCUCAAGUGUUCCAGGGAAGUUCUACAGUCCUCUCCCCAAUGACCAGUUAUUAAAAACACUGACUGAAAAGAAUAGACAGUGGUUUAGCCUUUUGCCAAGAACACCUUGUGAUGACACUUCACUUACCUAUACCGAUAUGUCAACUGCUUCUUUAGUGACUCCUCAGUCUCAGCCACCAUCUAAGUCACCUUCACCUGCCCCAGCACCUCUUUUAGGAUCAUCUUCUACACAGAAUCCAGUUGGUCUAAGUCCAUUUUCUUUAUCGUCUCUACAGAUGAAAAGUGGAGUAUCUAUGAUGGGACUUCAGUUUUGUGGGUGGCCCACUGGAGUGCUUACUUCCAAUAUUCCAUUUACAGCGCCUUUACCUAGUCUGGGAUCAGGGUUGGGGCUAUCCGAAGGAAAUGGUAAUUCAUUCUUGACUUCUGGUGUUACUUCAAUUAAAAGUGAAUCUCCAGUACCUCCAAAUGAAAAGGUCUCUUCAUGUCAGCCUGCACCUGUUGAAGUGGCAAAACCAGUAGAUUUUCCCAGCCCAAAACCUAUUCCAGAAGAAAUGCAGUUUGGUUGGUGGAGAAUUAUUGACCCAGAGGACCUAAAAACUUUGCUUAAAGUGCUACAUCUCAGAGGAAUAAGAGAAAAAGCAUUACAAAAACAAAUUCAGAAACAUUUGGAUUAUAUUACUCAAGCCUGUAUCAAGAAUAAAGAUGUUGCUAUUAUUGAAUUAAAUGAAAAUGAAGAACAUCAGGUAACUCGAGACAUUGUAGAGAACUGGUCAGUAGAAGAGCAAGCGAUGGAAAUGGAUUUGAGUCUCCUUCAACAGGUAGAAGAUCUAGAAAGGAGAGUUGCAUCAGCAAGUUUGCAAGUAAAGGGUUGGAUGUGUCCAGAGCCUGCAUCAGAAAGGGAGGACUUGGUAUAUUUUGAACAUAAGUCAUUUACUAAAUUGUGCAAGGAACAUGAUGGAGAAUUUACUGGCGAAGAAGAAAAUAGUGUAUAUGCACUAGAACGGAAGAAUGACAACCCCCUAGAUAUAGCUGUAACCAGGCUGGCUGAUUUGGAGCGGAACAUUGAAAGAAGGUAUCUGAAGAGCCCCUUAAGUACCACCAUUCAGAUCAAACUGGAUAAUGUGGGCACAGUUACUGUCCCUGCUCCUGCACCAUCCGUUAGUGGUGAUGGUGACGGAAUUGAAGAGGAUAUUGCUCCAGGGCUCAGGGUAUGGAGAAGGGCAUUAUCAGAAGCUCGCAGUGCUGCACAGGUAGCUCUGUGCAUUCAGCAAUUACAGAAAUCAAUAGCAUGGGAAAAAUCAAUUAUGAAAGUUUACUGCCAAAUCUGUCGAAAAGGUGAUAAUGAAGAAUUGCUUCUCCUUUGUGAUGGCUGUGACAAAGGCUGUCAUACAUACUGCCAUAGACCCAAGAUUACAGCCAUACCAGAUGGGGACUGGUUUUGUCCAGCUUGCAUUGCUAAGGCAAGUGGUCAGACUAUAAAAAUUAAAAAACUGCAUAUCAAAGGCAAAAAGACUAAUGAGUCAAAGAAAGGCAAAAAAGUAACUUUAACAGGGGAUACUGAAGAUGAAGACUCUGCAUCCACAAGUAGUUCUCUAAAAAGAGGAAACAAAGAGCUCAAAAAAAGAAAAAUGGAGGAAAACACGUCUAUCAAUGUAUCAAAACAAGAAAGUUUCACUUCUGUUAAGAAAUCGAAAAGAGAUGACUCUAAGGACCUAACGCUUUGCAGUAUGAUCCUGAAUGAAAUGGAAACUCAUGAGGAUGCGUGGCCUUUUCUGCUUCCUGUAAACUUGAAACUUGUACCUGGCUAUAAGAAAGUUAUUAAGAAACCUAUGGAUUUUUCCACAAUUAGAGAGAAACUAAGUAAUGGACAAUACCCAAACCUUGAAACCUUUGCUGUAGAUGUCAGGCUCGUUUUUGACAACUGUGAAACAUUUAAUGAAGAUGAUUCUGAUAUAGGCCGAGCUGGCCACAGUAUGAGGAAGUAUUUUGAAAAAAAGUGGACAGAUACUUUCAAAGUGAGCUGAAGUUAUAAUCAUCUCCCCACCCCCCUUUUUAACAAGGACAAAUGAGACCAGCAAUGUGAACUGUAUUUACAUAAACGUGCAAGGCACAUACAUAAUGACUUUUUCCAUAAAAUAAGUAUCAAAAGUAUCUGAAGAAUGAUACCAUUUUUAAAGGCUUCACUCCUUUGACAACCAAGACCAUUGGUUAUUGGUUUGUGUGAUUUAUCUGCUAAUUUAGGUAGAACAGGGAAGCACACCCAAAGAAUUUUCAAAGGAAAGGGUGUUAUAGUGCAAUAGCAAUUAAAAUAUAUCAAAUCGCACUGAAUAUUCAACACCAGAGCUCUAAUAUGGGAAAUGGUUCUCCUUUCCCUCUCAAUAAAUAUCUAUUUUUCAUUUUUUUACUUUGUAGUUUAUUUUUUAGUGAAUGUAUUUAAUUUUAUGAAUUAUUUAUGAUUAAACCACACCCAGAAUCUUCGUUUUCUGUGAAAAGGAAGAACUAGAAAAUUGCUUUAAAUCUUGAAAAUACAACAAGGAAUGUUUUAAAAUAUAAAACAAAGCCAAGUUAAACUGUUUACACUGAUGUGCUAUAAAAGCACCAAAAAUAAACUUUACUGUAGAGUUUCAAGUACAUUUAUAUAUAUAUAUAUGUUGCUGCAUCACUUGUGUAGUUAAAUUGUAUUUCAAAACAGUGAAAAAAUUGACAUGUAUAUACUGUUCAUUAUUGUUUAUAUUAAGUCUUGUUUUAAAUAUGUACUAUGUGUAUAUAUUGUUUGAAGACAUUAUUGUUUAUGCCUUAGAAGGACUGUAGCAUUUUAUUUUAGUCUGAAGGUAAUUACAGCUAUACAUCUUGUACAGUAAUUAUCCUCUACCAACACUGUGGCGUCUCCUUAAUCUUGGUAGUGCCUGCCUUUGAAACAGGGUGUAGGGGAUAUUAGUUUUCCAUUUUUCUAUUUUGUUAUAUAAUUUUAAGCCACCAGGGCCUAAAUUAAAGUAUAAUCAUUUGUAUCCAUGUGGAAUAAAAUCGUGACAAUUUCCUACACACACAGUAUUUUUUCAUAGAGACAUUUCCUUCCCAUUUGCCUUGCCUCAGAAAUAAAUUUAAAAGACAUUUGUAACCACUGUGUUUUAUCUACUGUGUGUUGUGGCAGCCUGUUGGAGGCAAAUAGAUCAGAAUUUUUUUUGUACCUAUGUAAGAGUACUUGGAAGUUUUAUUUAAAAUAAAAUGUUGUGGAAAAAGGUAGCAUUCUUUUUUUAGGAGUGUUAUUUUUCACUACUAUGUGUGGCACGGAUACAAUAAAAGACUUUUACAAAUUA